AUGCCCACUGCAGGCACCAACGAGCUCCGUGUGGACCUGGUGGACUUCCAGGGCAACCGCUACUUUGCCAAGUACAAGUCGUUCAGGGUGGGGAACGAGGCCGAGAAGUACAAGCUGGUCCUGGGCGCCUUUGCUGGGGGCAACGCCGGGGACUCCCUGACCCAACACAACAACUCGCUGUUCUCCACCAAAGACCAGGACAACGACAGGGACUCCUCCAACUAUGCUGAGACAUACCAGGGCGCCUGGUGGUUCUACAGCUCCCACUGGUCCGACCUGAACGGGCGCCACCUUGGGGGCUCCCCCGGGAACUCUGGGAACGGCAUCUACUGGUAUACAGGGCAGUCGAACUACUACAGCUACAAGGUGUCCGAGAUGAAGGUGCGGCCCGUGUAGGGCGGUCGGCGGCCUGGAGCGUCUCCAAGCGGGUCCGCGCCC